AGAAUUGAACGUGAUAUAGAUAAUAAUUUGAUUACAUCAACACCAAGAGCUGGAGAAAAGCCUAACAAACAGUUGUCUCGAGUAAGACGGAAAAGCCCAGUCAAUGGAGAAGCUGGUAGUUAUGAAAUGACAAAUCAACAUAUAAAGCAAAAUGGGAAAUUAGAAGAUAAUCCUUCCUCAGGUAGUCCUCCAAGGACUACAUUGCUGGGGACCAUAUUUUCCCCUGUCUUCAACUUUUUUUCACCAGCAAAUAAAAAUGGAACGUCAGGCUCGGAUUCCCCAGGACAAGCUGUGGAAGCCGAGGAGAUAGUGAAGCAACUUGACAUGGAACAGGUGGAUGAAAUCACUACCAGCACUACGUCAGCUAAUGGAGCAGCUUACUCAAAUCAAGCAGUUCAAGUGAGGCCAUCGAUAAAUAAUGGUUUAGAAGAAGCAGAAGAAACAGUUACUCGGGAUAUCCCACCUCUUACAGCACCAGUAACUCCAGAGAGUGGUUACUCAUCAGCCCAUGCAGAGGCCACCUAUGAGGAAGACUGGGAAGUAUUUGACCCCUAUUAUUUCAUCAAACAUGUUCCGCCUCUGACAGAAGAACAACUAAAUAGGAAACCCGCUCUUCCCUUGAAAACGAGAAGCACACCAGAGUUCUCCCUGGUCUUAGAUCUGGAUGAAACACUAGUGCACUGUAGUCUGAAUGAGCUGGAAGAUGCAGCACUUACUUUUCCAGUCCUUUUCCAAGAUGUCAUUUAUCAGGUUUAUGUGAGAUUAAGACCAUUCUUCAGGGAAUUCCUUGAACGAAUGUCUCAGAUGUAUGAGAUCAUUCUUUUUACUGCUUCUAAGAAGGUGUAUGCAGACAAGUUACUGAACAUUCUAGACCCUAAAAAGCAACUGGUCAGGCACCGGCUUUUCCGAGAACAUUGUGUUUGUGUACAAGGAAACUAUAUAAAGGACUUAAAUAUCCUUGGAAGAGAUCUUUCCAAAACUAUAAUAAUUGACAACUCACCGCAAGCCUUUGCCUAUCAGCUUUCUAAUGGAAUCCCUAUAGAAAGUUGGUUUAUGGAUAAAAAUGACAAUGAACUCCUAAAAUUGAUUCCAUUUCUGGAGAAGCUUGUAGAACUGUUAACGUUGGAAGACUAAUGAGAGAAUCAUCAGAUUGAGAAUGAAGAUGUCCGACCUCACAUCAGAGACAGAUUUCGCUUGCAUGAUUUGCUGCCCCCAGAUUAAGUUCAGAGACUUGUCAGAUCACUGAGGGGGGAGAGAGAAUGCAGGACCCUUUGGACUAAGACAAAAACAUUGCCAUUACUGUUGAAAUUUUGCAUUUUUGUACCCCGUCUUGCUUUUCUUAUCUUUGGUGCCCAAUAAUAAUCAAGGGUUACAGAAAGAGACUAUCUCAGAUUGAACACAUACAGUGGGUAGGCUAAAACAGAAGCGUCUGUAGAACUAGUACGACUCCAGUGAAACUUUUUAUGUACAGGACAUCUGCAGUUUAUCAAGAAUUCUGUUUCUGCCACCAGCAGUUUGCCCUGUGUACACAGGAUUUUAUGAUCAUAACAGGUGAAAGUGGACUCUCACUUUCUCUGUUCGGUGCUCUCAGUGGGUUUGUAGCCACUCUUCUGUUACUUUACUAUUCUCAUUUCAACAGGAAUGGCCAGUAAAAGUUGUUUUAUUUUUCCUGUUAAGGUUUAUAACCUUUUUACAUUUCUGACCUGUAUUAGAUUAGAAUCUCAUAAUGCAUUCCUUUUAGUUGAGGCGCUUCAUAGUUUUCUGGAAAUAGUCAAUUUUUAGUUUUUUUUUUUUUUUUAAUAUACAUUUGAAUGGCCGUUUUCCUGCUUUGUCUGCCUGCAUAUUGUAUAUUUGUUUAAAAAUAUUCUCUACUUUUAGUCCAUGUAAGUUUCAUUUAAAAAAAACAUGCAUUUUAUAUUUUGUUCUGUAAUAUUCUACUGUAGGUGAAAUCUUCAAAAAUCAAGAGACUGGGUAGGUAAGAAUAUAUGAAUGACUAAUAUUCAAACGAUUUGAACCAUUGUGAUGACAUGUAUUCCAGAUGGUAAUAUCUUGCAAUGGCACACAUUUAAUGGAUAAAGGUAUACCUCAGACUUCACUGUGCUCACUAACCUUUGAGGAGAACGAGUUCAGUCUCCUGUUGGGCUUGAUUCAGUUACUGCUGCCUUUGGUUUUCUCCAGGAAUGAAGUAUUCAGCACAGUGACUCAGUAUUUACUUGGCAUGGGCUGGUUAGUACCUCUGUUAUACUCUCGGUUACAAUCAGUUUAAAACUCUGUGUAACAGUCUUGGUACCUAACAGUAGCUAUGCAUAAUCCUGUGGCACAGUACACUCCCGGCCACCAGUGCAGUUAAUAUGCUCAUAGUGGUUUUCUAUGCUAUAUGAAAAUAGUCGUCACGCCUUGGUUCUCUAAUGCAGCUACCACAAGAGGUUGAUAUUUUUAUAGUGGCGUGUAAUCUCCUUUUCAGGGGGCUUUUUAUGGAAGGUAGAAUUUGUAAGAGUUAGUAUGCUUUGCCUCUCAACUGCAUUAACAUGCCGCAGGCUCAGACUGUUUUUGUGUAAAGGAUGUCAAAGAACGGCACUUUUUCUAAAGAGAAGUUUGAUAUUUUGUAUGCUUGUUAAGAAAGUACAGUAUUGGAAAUUAAAGGUGGACAACUGAUAAUUGAGGAGUAUGUCAGUUAAUUUUUUAUGUAUAUUACCUGUUUACUUGUACAACUUACUGUACAAAUUACAUGCAGCUUCAUUUUCAAAUGAAUCCUUAAAAUAAGGAAAUCUUUUUAGGAAAACAUUUAAUUUUUGUAUUUUUGAUUUUAAAGGCAUGAGUUGUCAGUUUUCAGUGUAUUAAUGAAGAUUUUAACUUUUCAUCAGGUUGAGUGUUUUCUUACUAUAUUAUCUGUUGUGUAUGUAGUUAGCAUAUGUGUCACUGAACUGUUUAAAACCCUAGCAUGUAGAGCAAGCCUGUUUUGUGGAAAAUCCUUAUUCAUUAAAAAAAAAUAAUAAUCAUGGCAGAUUUUCUGCAAAAAAAAAAAAAGCAAAAGCAUUUGCAAUUCAGAAUACUGAUUUUUUUUUUUUUAUUUUACAAAAGGUAUUUUGCUUGCAGGAACAAUACUACAGAUUCAUUUUAAUGAGAAUCUUUGAAGUGUAUUUAUCUUUAGGGCACCUGGGCAUCUUUAUGCUGUUUGUCUUAUGUCUUUCUUGAAAUAAAAUGUACAUACGUUACCUUUACAUAUGCUCUUGCUCAAAAUUGUGAACCUAGUUAAUUUCUUCCUGAUCCCAUCAUUUUUAUGCUAGUAUAGCAAACCCCAAACCUAUACAAGAUCUAAAUUUUUGACAUGCAUAAUUGUUGAAAGUUUUCCUGAUUAAAUGAAUACAGUCUCAAAGCCCUUCCCACAUCUUUAAGGGGAAAUGUAAACACUUAUACCAUUGUGCCUGUUGGCACUUAAAUGAUAAUAAAGCAGACGCAUUCAAGGAGAGCUCCUUUAAGUCAGCUGAGUAAGAAUGACAAAAUACGUUGUGGGAAAGUUUAUAUGACCUGAGAGUUGAGACCAAAUUAAUUAUUAUUUUUUCCAUUGCUUUAUUUGGGUAAUUCUAAAGUUGUUGACACAAAGUAUAAAUUACAAAUAAACAAUUUAGCCAGCUACUUCCCAUCUCAGUAGAUUAUCUUCCAGUCAUAUCUUAUCUUUGUUGGUAGCUGUAGAACACUUCCAUUUAGGUAGUGGGAGGUGUAUAGUUUUUGAAUUGAGACGUGCCCAGCUGUCAAUGCACACAGUAAACAUGACUGUAGUAAAUGCAGGGGCCAUGGAUCCACGAGGCACAGCAAGCUACCUGUGUACACAUUACAACUCUUAGGACCUAUUAAAAUUGUGCUAUUUCCAGUUAUGAAUGUUUGACUUUUAAGACAUUCUUUUAAAUAUUUGUAUCAUUGUUAGAGGAUGUUUUAAUUGGUUGUAUUUUUUAAUCCCAUGUAAUAUAUGUAGUCCUGACCAGAUUUACUACCAUUUUUCUCUGGGUCCUAAAAAAGAAUUGAUGACAAUUCGUAACCAGAAAUUGUUUUAUAUUUGCUAGUAUGUAUAUUUAUUUAUCCAAUGGCUUUAUUUGUUUCCCAAAAUUGUAUUGGGACUUGUUGAAAGCAUUGUGUGACUUCUAUAAAUGGCUAUUUUCUUGUAACUGUCA